UGUUGGUAUUUUAAGAUCGGACACUUGCCGCACGUACCUUUCCCUUUUUGGUAACUCGCCUCGCUUGUGGUGCUGCCCCGGGUCUGGAGAGAGCCUGCAGGAUCAAACGUCCCCUUUCCUAGGGAAACUAGGUCACCAAACACUGGCCUGGCUGUCACGGUGAAUUUGCUGUUUGAUCAUCGGCACAAGUUGAAGUCAUCGCAGAAGGACAAGGUUCGGCAGUUCAUGUCCUUCACACAGGCCGGGGAGAGGACAGCCGUAUACUGCCUGACGCAGAAUGACUGGAAACUAGAAGUCGCCACAGACAACUACUUCCAGAAUCCAGACCUCUACUACAAAGAAUCCAUGAAAACCUCAGUGGACCGCAAGAAGCUGGACCAGCUCUACAACAGAUACAAAGACCCCCAGGAUGAGAACAAGAUAGGCAUUGAUGGGAUCCAGCAGUUCUGUGAUGACCUGACGCUGGACCCAGCUAGCAUGAGCAUACUUGUGGUGGCAUGGAAGUUCAGAGCGGCCACCCAGUGCGAGUUCAGCAGGAAAGAGUUCCUGGAUGGCAUGGCUGAGCUAGGCUGUGACAGUCCUGAAAAACUCAAGGCAAUCCUUCCCAGACUAGAGCAGGAGCUAAAAGACACAGGGAAGUUCAAAGACUUCUACCAGUUUACCUUCAAUUUUGCCAAGAACCCCGGCCAGAAAGGUUUAGACCUUGAGAUGGCUGUUGCUUACUGGAAUCUAGUUCUCACAGGUCGCUUCAAGUUUUUGGAUCUCUGGAACUGCUUCCUGCUGGAACAUCACAAACGCUCAAUUCCCAAGGACACCUGGAACCUCCUUCUGGACUUCGGCAAUAUGAUUGCAGACGACAUGUCAAACUACGAUGAGGAAGGGGCAUGGCCUGUCCUCAUAGAUGACUUUGUGGAGUUUGCUCGGCCGAUUGUGACGAGUAAGCGCAACAUGACAUAGUGUUUGUCUCCGAUUCAUGCAGCAAAUGGAGUUUGUGUUUCUCCCAGUUUUCUUUUCUUUUUUUUUUUUGAAUGAGGAUUUUUAUACAAAUGAGCCAAAAAAAGAGAGUACCUCUUAAUAAGCCUGUUUGCAGCUUGUCCUUCAGAUUGUUCUUCCAACUGCAUAAGAUGCCUUGAGGAAAGCAGGAGGAGAAUCAACAGGAGAGAGAUUGUUUUGUUUUUUUGGCAAGGACAGACUUUGGAAUUGCAAUAUUGAAAUGAUGGGUAUCCUAAAACUCGUCACUCAUGGGCAAAUCACCAAUGGAUGGGGCUUUGAACUGCUGCUGCGGACUUGGCUCACUAACCUGCACCCUCGGCACAGUCAGGAGGGACAGUAAGGGUGAACCUUCAGCACACGCAGAGGAUAAAGUUAUAGAUGCAGUAGGAUGUGGCCUCUUACAUUGUCAAUUGUGAAUGGAACAGUAUGUUCCAAUCUGCAUGUUUUUGUCAGCUAGAAGCAGGGCCAUGGAUGUUGAGGAGGGGGGGAAAGUACAUUAUUUUCACUGAGAUUGCGAAUGUGUAGCUCUCUAACAAUCACACUGACAGAGAGAGAGAGAGAGUGUGUGUGAGUGUGUGUGUGUGUGUGUGUGUGUGUGUGUGUGUGUG